AUGAUGACGGAUCUGAAGCAAAGUCAUUCAGUGAGGCUGAAUGAUGGACACUUCAUGCCAGUGCUGGGAUUUGGCACUUAUGCUCCUGAUCACACUCCCAAAAGCCAGGCUGCCGAGGCCACCAAAGUGGCUAUUGAUGUAGGCUUCCGCCAUAUUGAUUCAGCAUACUUAUACCAAAAUGAGGAGGAGGUUGGACAGGCCAUUUGGGAGAAGAUUGCUGAUGGUACCGUCAAGAGAGAGGAAAUAUUCUACACCACCAAGCUUUGGGCUACUUUCUUUCGGCCAGAAUUGGUUCGACCGGCCUUAGAAAGGUCACUGGAGAAACUUGGACUGGACUAUGUAGAUCUCUUCAUUAUUCAUGUACCAUUUGCUAUGAAGCCUGGGGAAGAAUUACUGCCAAAGGAUGCCAGUGGGGAGAUUAUUUUAGAAACUGUGGAUCUUUGUGACACUUGGGAGGCCCUGGAGAAGUGCAAAGACGCAGGUUUAACCAAGUCCAUCGGGGUGUCCAACUUCAAUCACAAGCUGCUGGAACUCAUCCUCAACAAGCCAGGGCUCAAGUACAAACCCACCUGCAACCAGGUGGAAUGUCACCCUUACCUCAACCAGAGCAAACUCCUGGAGUUCUGCAAGUCCAAGGACAUUGUUCUAGUUGCCUACAGUGCCCUGGGAUCCCAAAGAGACCCACAGUGGGUGGAUCCCGACUGCCCACAUCUCUUGGAGGAGCCAAUCUUAAAAUCCAUUGCCAAGAAACACGGUCGAAGCCCAGGCCAGGUCGCCCUGCGCUACCAGCUGCAGCGGGAAGUGGUGGUGCUGGCCAAGAGCUUCUCUCAGGAGAGAAUCAAAGAGAACUUCCAGAUUUUUGACUUUCAGUUGACCCCAGAGGACAUGAAAGCCAUUGAUGGCCUCAACAGAAAUCUCCGAUAUGAUAAGUUACAAUUUGCGGCUAAUCAUCCUUAUUUUCCAUUUUCUGAAGAAUAUUGA